AAAACAUUAUGCAGUCACAGUGUUAGAUAUAUGUUAUAUGCAAAUGCACAUAUAUGAAUAUAUACUCUAAAAUAUAUAUUGUAUCACCACCGUUAUGGAUUUAAACUUUUCACAUUUAUAUGGGUAGUCGGAUUAUUGUUUAUACGUUGACCUAUAUAUGUGCUAUACAUCUAUAUAGAGAGACAGAUACAACACGAAAUAAUAAUAAUAAAAAAAGAAUUCAUAAUAAUACAUAAUUAUAAUCCAUAAAAUGGUUUGUUGUUUUCGGCCAAAUUCAAAUUAGUUGAACAGAACGGAACAGAACAUUUUGUACUUUUUUUUGAAUAAAUAUCGUACUUGUGACAUUUUGCACGGAUUUGGUAAAUAUAUAAAAAAAAACUUUUUUUUUAUACGAAGCAUAAGCGUUGCGCAUUAAUUUUCAAAGGUCGUCAUCCAACUGUUGAAGUGUGACAACAUGACAUUGAAUUGACCGCAUAUCAUCAAGAAGUGGCUUGGAGUCUUCUUGUAAAUUUUCAGAUUUAAAGAUUACCGGAACAAAGAAAUCAAUCCACAUUCAACAUGAACAUCGCAUUGAUCAUCUCAAUAAUAACGACAUUGCCCAACAUUUUGGCCGACCAGCAAUUUGUCAUUGAACCAGAAGACGUUACAGCCGUACUGGGUACGCACAUCACAUUGCCGUGCAGAGUGACCAGUAAACAGGGUGUACUGCAAUGGACAAAGGAUGAUUUCGGCUUGGGAACACAUCGUAAUCUCAGCGCAUUCGAACGAUAUUCGAUGGUGGGCAAUGAUGACGACGGAGAUUAUUCGUUAAAAAUUGAGUCGGUCGGUUUGGAAGACGAUGCCAAGUUUCAGUGUCAAGUCAGUCCGGGACCGGAAGGUGAACCGGGCAUUCGAUCUAAUUUCGCAACAUUAACUGUAGUCGUUCCCCCCGAACCGCCAAUAAUUAGUCAUGGCGAAUUUUACCUAGCUACGGCAGGACAUGAAUUUGAAUUGGAGUGCUCUUCAACGGGAGGAAAGCCAGCGGCUGAGUUAACAUGGCUGGAUGGGUCUGGAAACACCAUAACAACUGGCGUUAGAAACAUCAAAGAACCAAUGCCAGAUAACCAAAGAUUCGUAUCAAAAUCAAUAUUGAAAAUUAAACCACAGAAAGAGCAUCAUAAUACCACUUUAACAUGUCAGUCGCAGAACACGGCUGAUCGCAAUUUAAAAACAGCUCAAGUGAAUAUUGAGGUCAAAUAUGCUCCAACCGUACAACUGACGAUCGAAAAUUCAAAUGAACCAAAUAAUGGCAUCCGAGAAGGUGAUGAAGCGAAGUUUUACUGUUUAGCUGAUGCAAAUCCCAAUGUUAUUACAUACAAGUGGUUUGUAAAUGAAGAACUUGUUGUGGGCGACUAUACUACAGAAAUGAUAAUUCAUCGCGUUAAUCGAAGCCAUCAUACAGCUACUGUAAAAUGUGAAGUGUCUAACGAUAUUGGUGAAGCCGAAGAAAGUACGAUUUUAAAUGUUAUAUAUCCACCUGUGUUCAAAUCACCACCGAAAUCGGUUGAAGCCGAUCUCAAAGAGGAGAUAAAUUUGGAGUGCGACGUUGAUGGAAAUCCAUUAGAAAUCGUAUGGGUGCAUGCUCCAGCAGCUGAAUUAAACUUUCACCCACGUGUCGUUGGCACCACAAAUAAUCUUAAAAUAAUCGUUUCGAACGAAACAGCCGGACGUUAUUAUUGCAAAGCAAGUGUAAUUGGAUUUCCCGAAAUAAAAUCGGAAGCAAAUGUAUAUGUGAAACAGGCACCGAAAAUUGAAUCGCCCAGCAAGCAGUAUGGUGCAAAGGGUGACACGCUGCGGUUGGAAUGUAUUGCAUUUUCCGUGCCAAAGGCAAGGCAUAUAUCGUGGAGCUUCAAUGGAAUGGAAAUAAAUACCAUGUCCGAUCGGGAUUAUUCGAUACUGGAAGAUCCGUCGUCGCCGCGGCUAAUCAAAUCGACAUUGAUAAUACGGGACAGUAAAGACUGGCAUUUCGGUAAAUACAACUGUACGGUGGUUAAUGAUUACGGUGUGGACGUAUUGCAAAUCGAUUUGAUGUAUCAAUACAAUUUCCAAUUUCUAAUGAUUAUUGUUGGAGCUACGCUGGUAGUUAUAACAUUGGUCAUAUUGGUGGUGCUCUUUCUAUGCUGUAAGCUAAGACGAAAGACGAACCAAGCGAGCAACGACGAAAAAUUGCGCUACUCAGACGAUGAUUUAACCAAACACAAAAUUUCCGACCGGUGUUGGAAAGAAAGUGAUGGGUCAUCGCAUAGCAGUGACUACAAGCCAGACAUUAAACAAGGCUCGUCCGAAUCCGAUUAUUCCAUUGCGUCGACCAAUUGUGCCGGAAGCACACUUGAUAUUAAAGAACGUCGCGGUGGCAGUGUUCCUUUGGCUGGGCCGGUAGAUUUUCCAAUCAGCUACAGACACUCUGCAGCGGAUUAUGCUGACACCGUUGACGGCUAUUAUCCACCGAAAUAUGUGCCCAACAAUUACGGUUACAUAACUCACACCGAUUAUGCCCGUUAUUGUUUGCCUCCAACGCAGAAAUACGCUACAAAUCGUCAUAUUUCUUCAUCAGCAACAUCGAUGGAUAAUAAUUACAUUCGCAGUGGGAAUGCAAUACGACAGGACAAUGGUCUUCCGGCAGGAAAUCGAGGUAGUUUAAUUGUUUAAGAAGAAAACAAAACAGAAAAUUAAAAAGAAAAUUAGCAAAAAAAAACAACAAAUUCACUCUGGAGAAAGAAUGGGCUCACUAUUAAGCUCACAAUAUCUCACAUGCCUUUUAAGAUCUCCUUGUGAUAAUUUAUGAAAUUUUUCGAUAAUAAUCGACCGACACUGAUUUUAAAAAUAUUUUUUAAGAAAUUGAUUUGUUUUUCGUUGUAAGGCUAAAUGGAAUUGUAUAUCCAGAUCUCCCACACUUCCUGAAUGUACCGAUUUUCAGUCAGGUCCGAUUAAUUAGGAAAACUUACGUCCUCUUUGCUUCCGACAUUUAAAAAAAAGAAGAAUUGAAAUCGUAGCACUGCAGGAGGAAGAGAAUUACAAGAUCUCCGACGUCUUAAUGAUUCUAAAUAAUUUUCCAGUGAUUUUUUAAUCAAAUGUUUUCGUCAAAUCUCGUCAAGAAAUCUAUGCAUCAAGGACUUUAUGCAUAGUUAAGUGUAGAAACGGGACGUGUCACUUUACCGAAUUAUUAGAAAAAUGAAAUUUCAUUGUUUAGCUCCGUUUCAAAUAGGUUGACGAUAAUAGACGCAAUAGUUGCUUCAGUUUUCUUUUUUUUAAUUGCCCAAGAUCUUUUUCAAAUUGGAUAAAAUAACACGCUGACAACUAACAGCUUAUAGGCUUGGACAGAAUGUGAUGGUAGCGAUUUGAUCGGACCUUAUAUCGAGUUGCAAAGCCCUAAAGCUCGGAACAAGUCAGGUCAACCUGAAGUUAUCUGAAAAAAAAACCUGAACCUGAUCUGACCUGAAACCGGAUUUUCGUUUUCAGGUAAUACCUGAACCUGAUCUGAAACCGGAAUUUUGUAUAUCCGGUGACAGGUCUAUCUGAAACCUCACAGGUUUUUCUAUGAAAAUUUCAGGUUACCCGAAAUUUUACCAGACAAAAUCAGGUUCAGGUCAGGUGUUUUAUAAAAAUUACCUGACCUGAAUUUUACCGUGGUUGACCAUGAUCAACUGUUCGAAACUUUACAAUCCCGCUUGACAGGUAGACGCUAUUUAUGGAUAAGUUAACUAUACAUCGGGGAAGUAUAAAACCCAAUAUUAUUCCUACAUAUUUUCUGAUUUGGCAGCUGUUGUGGUUUGUAAUUGUUACACACAAAUUUAGUCUAACAAAUGACAAUCUAGAUUCAGUGUAUUUAGCAAAAAGUUGGAAAAUAUAGGAAUCUAGGACUUCUUUUGUUAAAAGUGUUGGAACGUCCAAAUAUCUACAGGAAAUAAGAGACAAUUACAAAAUAAUGAUCUUUAUUGAGCUGCUGAUUCUCAACGAAUGAAACGUUCUAACACAACAAAAUAGAACUUGGUUACUCGAUUAUAUACAAAUUUAUGUUACUUCCAACACUCCUCCACAAGUUCAUAAAUUUGAAAAAUUACCUCCUCCUUAAUGACCUUUUUUAAAGUCCAGAUCUCACUACAUAAAAUUCAUCACGGAAUCACUCUUAUGUCGCUCAAACUCUGUUACCACUGUUCGGUUCAAAUUCUUUUGCGUCUCAAAUUCUUCAUCUUAACUUGCUCAAAUUCUGUUGCUUCGAGCUCAAAUUCUGUUGCCUCAAAUCUUCACAUAUUCUUCUUCUUCUUUUUCAUCUCUCCCAGGGCCGUAACCAGACUUCAAAAUCUGAGUGCGCUAGGGGGGGCGCAAGGUCCAAAAAAAUUAUUUUGUAUGGGAAAAAUUAAAAAAAAAUUGAAAAAAUGACUUCGCUAGGAGGGGCGCCGCCCCCCCUGCGCCCCAUCUAGAUACGGCCCUGAUCUCUCCUUCCUCAUUUACACAAAUAUCAGUUGGGGUCCAUAAAUCAUAGCCAUACUAUUCUGAAAAAGCGUAAUCCACAUCGGAAUCAUCUUCGUUUCUGUAGCCAUUUUUCUAGUUCUUCUACUUUGUACUGACUUAUAGCUGGGUCUGGGCCCAUAACCUGUUGGAACGUCCAAAUACCUCCAGGGAAUAAGAAACAAUUACAAAAUAAUGAUCUUUAUUGAGCUGCUGAUUCUCAACGAAUGAAAAGUUCUAACACAACAAAAUAAAACUUGGUUACUCGAUUAUAUACAAAUUUCUGAGAUUGCUGAGUUGCUUCCAACAAAAAGAACGUUAUGUGGAAACCACAACACCUUCCAAAUCAGUAAAAACGUCGGCUUUCUGAGCGCCACCGGCUCUCCUACGUCUAUUUAUCCGGUUUUUGUGGACCUCCUCUUCCCCAAAAUCUGAACGUCUUUUAUGGUCUGUUCCUUAAUUUGGUCGGACUCAACGUGGGAAGUCUGUUUACAAGUUCAGCACAUUUACACACUGAAAAUGGACGAUGUCAUGUCAGUUUCCCGUACUUAAUAAAAAAAACAUUUUUUUUCAAAUCUUAUUUUUUAUUAAGUAUAGCAAAUGCGUGGCAUGGUAUCAACUAGAUUAUGCAUCUUGUGUGCGCUAUUUUAUUAUGGUUACUUAAGUAUACUAUAAAAUAAACAAAGUAAAAUUAUUAUUUUUUUUUUUGGUUUUUAAUCGACUUCUGUGAUAAAUGUUUAAAUAUUAUAUUUGCAACGACAUGAAAGCAAAAAAGAAAAAACGAAAUAUAACGAAAAAUCUCUCUGUAUAAAUAUUUUCAUCUAAACGAAACACUUUUUCGAUAGACUACAUUUUAUAAAACGAAUGCGUUCUACAGUAAAGAACGGUUUUUAUUUUCGAGUUUUUUUAAGUUAUUACCUAAAUUAAUCAUACGUAAAAUGUAAGCUAUAGGAAUGUUAAGCCUUAGAUUAGGUUACAGUUUUUCGAUGUCAUGUGAAUACGUAGUUAAGGCCAUACGAUUAUAGAGCGAAUAAAGAAUGUUAUUAAAAUUACAAACAAUAAGUACGACUGUCAUGAGAAUGUUAAUAAAUGCAAAUAUUAUGUACCGAUAUAUAA